AAAGAUCAAAACUAAGCAUCGGACAGUAGUAUAAACCCGUUCAACCUCGUACGCUUCUUUUAAGACCCCACAAACUAGCCAACCAACCAACCAGACAUCACUUGCAUGACCAACCGUCUCGCCAACUUCCAGUACUUGGCUCUGCUCCGGAGAUGCUCCACCAUUGACCACCUGAAGCAAAUCCAUGCCCACGCCAUCAUCUCCGGCCUCUCUCGCUUCGCGUUCACCGCGAGCAAAAUCUUGGCCUGCUCUGCCCUCGCGCCGUACGGGGACAUGGGCUACGCGGCGAGCGUAUUCGCUCGCAUUCCGGCCCCCGGCGUCUUCGACUUCAAUGUCAUGAUGAUGGGUUUCUUGGGAGACCUCGAACACGGGAGGGCCGUGUCGGUGUACGCUCGAAUGUGCAGGGAAAGCGUCAAGCCCAAUGCCCGCACUUUCACUGCGCUGGUCAGGUCAUGCGCUGGCUUUCCUUUGCUUGGCCAGGUUCACUGUAGCGCCAUGAAGUUCGGGCAUGAUUGUGAUGUGUAUGUGGUGAGUUCUCUGAUAAGCAUGUACUGUAAACAUGGAGCUGUGAGUGUUGCCCGCCGCCUGUUUGAACAAAGUUCAGUGAGGAACGUAGUUUGCUGGACGAGCCUUAUGACUGGGUACUGUAGCAGCGGCCUCGUUGAUGAAGCUCGAGGACUGUUCGAUUCAGUGCCGGAGAAAAAUGAUGUUUCCUACAGUGCCAUGAUCUCUGGCUACGUUAGGAAUGAGCGGUUUGAUGAGGCCAUCGAGUUGUUUUCUGAGGUUAAAGAUCGUGCUGACGUGAAAUUAAGUGGAUCUCUUUUGGUUAGCGUACUUAGCGCCUGUGGCAUUGUGGGAGCCUCUGAAGAAGGAAAAUGGAUUCAUAAGUACAUAGAUGAGAAUGGCAUCGAUUACGAACUUGAGCUAGGCACUGCAUUGAUUAACUUCUAUGUCAAAUGUGGGUUCGUCAGAUUCGCACAAAAAGUGUUUGACCAAAUGCCUAUUAAAGAUGUGACAACUUGGAGUGCGAUGAUAUUGGGGUUUGCUGUUAAUGGUGAGAAUGAAACAGGGCUGCGGCUUUUCUACGAAAUGGAACAUAGGGGUCCUAAACCAAAUGCUGUGACAUUAAUUGGAGCUCUGAUGGCCUGCAAUCAGAAGUGCCUAAUCAACGAAGCAUGGUGCUUGUUUGGACGUAUGAGCAAAGUUUACAGCAUUGCUCCAACUAUUGAGCACUAUGGAUGCAUGGUCGACCUCUUGGCUCGGGCUGGACAAAUCAAAGAGGCUGGUGUGUUGAUAAAGAAUAUGACAAUGGAACCAGAUGGUGCAAUCUGGGCAUCUUUGUUAAAUGGGUGUAUCAUGCAUGGCUAUGUUGAGUUAGGAGAGAAAGUCGGCAGGCAUUUGAUCCAACUAGAACCUCAACAUAGUGGACGCUAUAUCCUUCUGGCCAAUAUGUACGCUAAGAUGGGCAACUGGGAUGACGUUUUGCUGCUGAGGAAAACUAUGAAGGAAAACAAAGUAGUCACAGUUUCUGGUUGGAGUUUCAUUUAGAUUGAUGGGAUUGUCCAUAAAUUUGUUGUUGAUGAUCCUGCCAUGCGUGCUCCCAGACACAGUGGACUUUGUUGAUGGAAUCGUGAAGGAGCAGCAGAGCAAGAAGGAGAAAGAUGGUAGCGGUGGAGGAGCGGAGGCAGCUGUGGAGGAUGAUGAAGUUAGGAAUUCCAGUUGGGUUUGAUUCGACGAGGGGGAAGGUGCUUCCAAGAGUGGAUGUGAGCGCCUUUAGGGCUGCGACGAAGCGGCAGCCUAGACAGUACAUGAACAGGAGAGGAGGGUUUAUGGUUGUUGCCGGUAAAAUGGAACGGAUGGCUCGAUAUGGAAGAAUUCCAGGUGUGAAUUUUCGUCUUUAUGGCUUGGUUUGAGCAUGCAAUGCUUGCAGUUCUUUUUUAUAAUUAUUUGACUUCCUCAAAGAAGGAAGUGCAUGGUGUUUUACUGGAUGCAAUUGUAAUGGCUUCCUCGACUAUCUUAGCUACUUCCUGUAUCGAAUGUUCUUUCAUUUUGUGAUCCUUGGUCUUUGUUCUGUUAGAGACUCAGAUAGCUAGGAAAAGCUGUAAAAGUUGUGUUUAUUUUAGCCGGUUCUCUUAUGCUAUAUUUGGAUGGAACAAUAUGAAAAGCACCGAAGGAUGAAAAAUAUUAGUGGAUAAAGCAUGUGCUUUAUUAGUG